ACGUAAUGCCCAAUUUUACAUGACGUGAUCCUAUAUUUUUCAACUUUGUAAAAUGAAUAAACAGGUUGUAACAGGUUGAACUUUGUAAACGGGUUGAACUUUGUAAAAUGAAUGAACAGGUUGGUUAUGAAUACAGCAAAACAGAAAAUUUAUUUUCACGCAAGAAACUACUUAGUAAAAUUCAACAUUAUUUUUUACAAGAUGCAAACAACUCAACUUUAGUAAUAUAUGGAAUGUCAGGUGUCGGUAAGACACAUAUUUCCAAAAAAUACUGUGAAAUAUCUUAUAACUUUUAUAAAAACUUUGUUUGGAUUGAUGCAGCAUUUGGAAUGUUACAAACUUCAAUGAGAAACCAAUGUCAAAUAUUAGGAUUCGAGGUUCAUGAUUCAAAAGGAGAUUAUUUUAAUAUAAAAGUGAUUGUUGAAAAAAUUCACAACUAUUAUAAAAAUGAAAAGACUUUGUAUAUUUUUGACAAUGUGGACGAUGAAAGUGUUAAAAAUUUAUCAAUGUACAUUUCAAGCAAACCGAAUUCAUUUACAUUGAUUACUUCCCAAUGGAGAACGUGGUCGAGUAAUGUAAAUAAAAUGCUAGUUGAUGUGUUUUCUUCUAAAGAAGCAUUCGCUUAUGUUAAAAACAAUUUUCAAGAAAACUGCGACAAAAACAUAAGAAACUUAAAUAAAGAACUUGGUUAUCAUCCAUUUGCAAUUACUCAGGCAAUAAAAUACAUAAAUAUACAUAAAAUCUCAAUAGAAAAAUACAUAGAUCGAUAUAGAUCGAAACCAUCAGAAAUAUUAGACAAUAAUAACUUUCCUACUGAAGAAGAACCAAAGUCUGUAAUAAAAGCAAUUAAUUUAGUUUUAACAAAAUUAGAAAGAACUAAACCUUUUCCAUUUAAAAUAUUGAACUGUUUAUCUCAUUGCGACGGUCAAAACAUCAGCAAACAGUUUAUAACACAAAUCUCAAAUCAAAUAGAAACAAAUGAUGAAUCUGUAAUAGAUGAAGCUAUUGGAUUACUUAUGAGUUAUUCUUUACUAAACUGUUUUAAUGAUAAUAAAUAUACAAUACACGAACUGACACAGUUAACAUGUAAAUGUUUUCAAAAGAGAAUUUCAAGUACAAAUACAUAUCUUAAUUUAAUCAAAAAUUAUUUUAAAGUUGAAUUGAAUGAAGUAAAAGAUCACAUGAAUUAUGGAAAUCAUUUUGUUUUUCAUUUUAUCUAUAUGUUUCGUAAUAACAAAAAAGAUUUUUCAGAAACCUUUCAUCAUAUGGCGACUUCAAUUCAAAAAUUAUUAGUAUGUAAAGGGUUAUUUAAAGAAGCAAUCGAAAUAUUAAAAACUUUUCAAAAUUUUAAUAUAGAAACUCGUGGUGAAAACAAAUUCACGCUUAAUACAAAAAAUAAUAUUGCACUCUGUUUGUACAAAAUGGGAAAAUAUAACAAAGCUUUAGAAAUGUAUUAUUGUGUUGAUAAAAUACGAACUGAAAUUUUAGAUAUCAACCAUCCGGAUACAAUGACAACAAAAAAUAAUAUUGCACUCUGUUUGAACAAUAUGGGAAAGUAUAACGAAGCUUUAGAAAUUUAUUAUUCUGUUGAUAAAAUAAAAACUAAAACUUUAGGUAUCAACCAUCCUUCUACAAUGACAACAAAAAAUAAUAUCGCACUCUGUUUAAAUGAAAUGGGAAAAUUUAACCAAGCUUUAGAAAUUUAUUAUUCUGUUGAUAAAAUACAAACUGAAAUUUUAGGUAUCAGCCAUCCGGAUACAAUGUCAACAAAAAAUAAUAUCGCACUCUGUUUAAAUAAAAUGGGAAAAUAUAACGAAGCUUUAGAAAUUUUUGAUUCUUUUAUUAAAAUACAAACUAAAAUUUUAGGUAUCAACCACCCCGAUACAAUGACAACAAAAAAUAAUAUUGCGCUCUGCUUAAACAAUAUGGGAAAAUAUAACAAAGCUUUAGAAAUUUAUUAUUCUGUUGAUAAAAUACGAACUAAAGUUUUAGGUAACAACCAUCCUGAUACAGUGACAACAAUGCAUAAUAUUGCAAGCUGUUUGCGCAAUAUGGGAAAAUAUAACCAAGCCUUAGAUAUUUAUUACUCUGUUGAUAAAAUAAAAACUGAAAUUUUAGGUAUUACACAUCCAUCUACAAUGACAACAAAACAUAGUAUCGCAAGCUGUUUGAACAAUAUGGGAAAAUAUAACGAAGCUUUAGAAAUUUAUUAUUCUGUUAAUAAAAUACAAACUGAAGUUUUAGGUAUCAAUCAUCCAUCUACAAUAAUAACAAAACAUAAUAUCGCACUCUGUUUGAACAAUAUGGGAAAAUAUAAGAGUGCUUUAGAAAUUUAUUAUUCUGUUGAUAAAAUACAAUCUGAAAUUUUAGGUAUCAACCAUCCGGAUACAAUGACAACAAAACAUAAUAUUGCAAGCUGUUUGGACAAUAUGGGAAUGUAUAACGAAGCUUUAGAAAUUUAUUAUUCUGUUGAUAAAAUACUAAAUGAAAUUUUAGGUAUCAACCAUCCGUCUACAAUGGCAACAAAGCAUAAUAUCGCACUCUGUUUAAACAAUAUGGGAAAGUAUAACCAAGCUUUAGAAAUUUAUUAUUCUGUUGAUAAAAUACAAACUGAAAUUUUAGGUAUCAACCAUCCGUCUACAAUGACAACAAAACAUAAUAUUGCACUCUGUUUGAAUAAUAUGGGAAAAUAUAACGAAGCUUUAGAAAUUUAUUAUUCUGUUGAUAAAAUACAAACUGGAAUUUUAGGUAUCAACCAUCCGUCUACAAUGGCAACAAAGCAUAAUAUUGCACUUUGUUUGAAUAAUAUCGGAAAAUAUAAUGAAGCUUUAGAAAUUUAUUAUUAUGUUUAUAAAUUACGCACUAAAGUUUUAGGUAUCAAUCAUCCAAAUACAAUGACAACAAACCAUAAUAUUGCAAGCUGUUUAGACAAUAUGGGAAAAUAUAACGAAGCUUUAGAAAUUUAUUAUUCUGUUGAUAAAAUACAAACUGAAAUUUUAGGUAUCAACCAUCCGUCUACAAUGACAACAAAACAUAAUAUUGCACUCUGUUUGAACAAUAUGGGAAAAUAUAACGAAGCUUUAGAAAUUUAUUAUUCUGUUGAUAAAAUACAAUCUGAUAUUUUAGGCAUCAACCAUCCUGAUACAAUGACAACAAAGCAUAAUACCGCAAGCUGUUUGUGCAAUAUGGGAAAAUAUAACCAAGCUUUAGAAAUUUAUAAUUCUGUUGAUAAACUAAAAACUGAAGUUUUAAGUAUCAACCAUCCGUCUACAAUGGCAACAAAGCAUAAUAUUGCACUUUGUUUGAAUAAUAUGGGAAAAUAUAAUGAAGCUUUAGAAAUUUAUUAUUCUGUUGAUAAAUUACGCACUAAAGUUGUAGGUAUUAAUCAUCCGGAUACAAUGACAACAAAACAUAAUACCGCAAACUGUUUGAACAAUAUGGGAAAAUAUAACGAAGCUUUAAAAAUUUAUUAUUCUGUUGAUAAAUUACGAACUGAAGUUUUAGGUAACAUUCAUCCAGAUACAGUGACAACAAAGCAUAAUAUCGCACUCUGUUUGAACAAUACAGGAAAAUAUAACGAAGCUUUAGCAAUUUAUUAUUCUGUUUAUAAAUUACAAACUGAGCUUUUAGGUAUCAACCAUCCAUCUACAAUGAUAACAAAACACAAUAUCGCACUUUGUUUGAACAAUAUGGGAAAAUUUAACAAAGCUUUAGGUAUUUAUUAUUCUCUUGAUACAAUGCGAACUGAAGUUUUAGGUAUCAACCAUACGGAUAGAAUGACAACAAAACAUAAUAUCGCAUGCUGUUUGCGCAAUAUGGGAAAAUAUAAUGAAGCUUUAAAAAUUUAUUAUUUUGUUGAUAAAAUACAAACUGAAAUUUUAGGUAUCAAUCACCCGGAUACAAUGACAACAAAACAUAAUAUCGCACUCUGUUUGAAUAAUAUUGGAAAAUAUAACCAAGCUUUAAAAAUUUAUCAUUCUGUUGAUGAAUUACGCACUAAAGUUUUAGGUAUCAAUCAUCCAGAUACAAUGACAACAAAACAUAAUAUCGCAAGCUGUUUGGACAAUAUGGGAAAAUACAACGAAGCUCUAGAAGUUUAUUAUUUUGUUGAUAAAAUACAAACAGAAGUUUUAGGUAUCAAUCAUCUGUCUACAAUAAUAACAAAACAUAAUAUUGCACUCUCUUUGAACAAUAUGGGAAAAUAUAAGGACGCUUUAGAAAUUUAUUAUUCUGUUGAUAAAAUACAAUCUGAAAUUUUAGGUAUCAACCAUCCGGAUUCAAUGACAACAAAACAUAAUAUCGCAAGCUGUUUGAACAAUAUGGGUAAAUGUAAGGACGCUUUAGAAAUUUAUUAUUCUGUUGAUAGAAUACUAUCUGAAAUUUUAGGUAUCGACCAUCCGGAUACAAUGACAACAAAACAUAAUACCGCAAGCUGUUUGUGCAAUAUAGGAAAAUAUAACCAAGCUUUAGAAAUUUAUUAUUCUGUUGAUAAAUUAAAAACUGAAACUUUAGGUAUCAACCAUCCGUCUACAAUGGCAACAAAGCAUAAUAUCGCUGUCUGUUUGAACAAUAUGGGAAAAUAUAACGAAGCUUUAGAAAUUUAUUAUUCUGUUGAUAAAAUACAAACUAAAAUUUUAGGUAUCAAUCAUCCAUCUACAAUGAAAACAAAACAUAAUCUUGCAAGAUGUUUGAAACAUAUGGGAAAAUAUAACGAAGCUUUAGAAAUUUAUUAUUCUCUUGAUAAAAUGCAAACUGAAGUUUUAGGUAUCAAUCAUAAGGAUAGAAUGACAACAAAACAUAAUAUUGCAAGCUGUUUGCGCAAUAUGCGAAAAUAUGAUGAAGCUUUAGCAAUUUAUUAUUCUGUUGAUAAAAUACAAUCUGAAAUUUUAGGAUUUAACCAUCCAGGUACAAUGACAACGAAAUAUAAUAUCGCACUCUGUUUGAAUAAUAUGGGAAAAUAUAGCGAAGCUUUAGAAAUUUAUUAUUCUGUUGAUAAGAUACGAACUGAAGUUUUAGGUAUCAAACAUCCGGAUACAAUGACAACAAAACAAAGUAUCACACUUUAUUUGGACAGUUUGAGAAAAUGUCAAAUGACUUGUUUAAUUAUUUGAUUACUUUUUUAGUUUUAAUAUAUAUUAAGUUCAUAUGUUUAUAUAAUAUAA